CACGAAUACUCUCUUCAAUAAUCAUUCUGCUAUUUUGCUCAUUUUACCCUUGCUAUAUUCCCUACUCUAGAAUAAUUCAACUAUUGUGUACACGACCUGACCAUGGCGACCCAAGUCGAAAGCCAGGGAGUUCACGAUGAGCUCCAGCACGAGGAAUUCAAGGCUGGUGUCGAGAAGAACGGCCAGUACAAUGAGGAGGAGGAGGAGGAGGAUUCCCCCUUUGAGAUGGUCCGCGUUGCUGUCUCCAACAAGGACGACCCCGACCUGCCCUGCCUGACUUUCCGCUCAUGGAUUCUCGGUAUCAUCUUUGCAGCUGCCCUUGCCUUUGUCAACCAGUUCUUCUUCUUCCGCGAAAACCCCAUCACUCUGGGCGGCUAUGUCGUGCAGCUGCUGUCGUUCCCGCUGGGUUUUGCCAUGUCCAAGGUGCUACCGACGCGCAAGUUCCGCACAUUCGGCUUCGAGUGGACCAUGAACCCGGGCAAGUUCAACAUCAAGGAGCAUGUGCUCAUCUCCAUCUUUGCCGGCACGUCGGUGGGCGUUGCCUACGCCAUCGAUGUCGUGACCAUCAAGAAGAUGUGGUACAAGUCCGACAUGGGCUUCGGUCCCAGUGUGCUGUUCCUGCUGUCGUCGCAGGUCAUGGGCUACUCGUUUGCCGGUCUGUCGCGCGAGUUCCUGGUCUACCCCUCCGCUAUGAUCUGGCCGGCCACGCUGGUGUCGGUGACCCUGUUCCGUACCUUCCACGAGCACUCGGUCUGGAACGGCUGGUCGCGCACACGCAUGUUCUGGGUCUGCUUCGCUGCCAGCUUUGCGUGGUACUGGGUCCCCGCCACCAUCUUCCCGACGCUGUCGAUGAUUGCAAUUCUGUGCUUUGCUGCCCCCAACAACGUCAUUGCGCAGCAGAUUGGUGACGCGCCCCACGGUCUGGGCAUCCUCAACCUCACGCUGGACUGGAGCUACAUCUCGUCGGGUUUCACGGGCUCGCCCAUUGCCAUCCCGUGGGUCAUGGCUGCCAACGUGUUUGCCGGCUUUGUCAUCAUCAUGUGGAUCAUCACCCCGAUUGGCUACUACACCAACACCUGGGGCCACGGCAUCUACCCGAUCUACACCGCGUCGCUGUACCUGCCGGACGGCGGCCGGUACAACAUCAGCAAGGUCAUGACACCUGACCAGAACUUGGACCCUGUCAAGUACGAGGAGUACGGCCACCUGCGCAUGUCGUUCCACUUUGGUCUGACCUACGGCAUUGGCUUCGCCGGCCUGAUGACUGUGCUGUCAUACAUUGCUCUGCACCACGGCAAGGAUAUUGUGCAGCGCGUCCCGCAGUGGUGGUACCUGGUCACCUUUGCCAUCACCUUCGCCAUGUCGAUCAUUGUGUGUGAGGUGUGGAACCUCAUGAACUGGUACUGGGUCAUUCUCAGUGUCGUGCUGCCCUUCAUCUUCACCAUCCCGAUUGGCAUCAUCCAGGCGCUCAGCAACCAGCAGCCGGGCCUCAACAUCAUCACCGAGUUCAUCAUCGGCUACGGCCGGGUUGGCGACCCCAUCGCCAACGUCACCUUCAAGGUGUACGGCUACAUCACCAUGGCCCAGGCGCUGCUGCUCGUCUCGGACCAGAAGCUCGGCCACUACAUGAAGAUCCCGCCUCGCACGCUGUUCAUUGCCCAGCUGGUGGGCACCAUCAUCUGCGCCUUUGUGCAGCUGGGUGUCGCGUACUGGCUCAUGAACACGGUCAAGGACAUGUGCACACCCGAGGGCCGCCCGUGGACCUGUAUCCAGGCCAACACCUUCUACUCGGCGUCGGUCAUCUGGGGUCUGGUUGGCCCGGGCCGCAUGUUCGGCAGCGACAGCCCCUACCACGUCGGCCUCUACCUGUUCAUUGUCGGCGUGUUCCUGCCUGUGCCGUUCUGGUACCUGCAGAAGCGCUACCCGAACAGCCUGUGGAAGCACGUCCACAUCCCGCUGCUGUUCUCGGCCUCGGGUUACAUGCCGCCGGCGCCGUCGCACAUCUACGUCAACUGGUUCAUUGCCUGCACUAUCUUCAACUACUUCAUCCACAAGUACCGCAACCAGUGGUGGCAGCGCUAUGCGUUCUCGCUGUCGGCCGGCCUUGACUGCGGUCUCGCGAUCUCGGGUAUCGUUAUCUUCUUUGCGUUCCAGAACGUGGUGGUUCCGACCUGGUGGGGCAACCCCGAGUCUGGCACGCACUGCCCGCUGGCGAACACUGGAUUCAAGCCUCUUCCAGAGCCCAUCGCUUAGUGUUAUUUCAGUCCACUCAUUCGAAGAAUAUGCUCACACAGUGUCCAGUCAGAAUCUGAGGUUGCAUUGCCCGCUAGCCCAAGCCUAACCCCGUGCAGGCAGCGUGGGUCGCAGCAAUGGCAAGCUAUGAGCAGCAUGUGCAAUAUAUAUUGGCCAGUCGCUCACAGGCUGGGUCAGUCUGUGGGGUAUGGCAUUGACGCUGGCGUUGGCGUUGGCGUGCGGAGGGCUGUGUGCUGGCCAUCUCUCCCACAGAGCACAGCCGCUGUGUGAAAUGGACAAGGGUUCAGGGGCUCAAGGGCAGUGCGAUCCGCAUAUGUUCUAGGCGGAAGCAUCCCAGCUGGUCGGCUGCAUGGCAGACAAAGCGUCCGCCUGCAUAUGCCGCUCCUGGAUCAGGUGGCCAUGGG